AUGACCACUCUGGAAACUCUACCUGACGAAAUAUUUUUGAUUAUUUUUCGUUACUUACAUAAAAUGGAUUUACUCUAUGCUUUCUCAAAGCUCAAUUCACGUUUUGAACAAUUAAUUACACCAUGUUUCUAUGAAAUGAACUUCACGAGUCAGAAUCCAACCCUCUGUUAUCCGUACAAGCCAUACUUGCGAUUUAUUGAUUAUGUUUUCAGUCAACAUGGACGUAAGAUUUGUUUACUGAAACUUGGUAGUGAACUUCAGUCAAAGUUGUUGCACCGUCGAAUCACACAGUUUAUCAAUUUGGAAUCAGUGGAGCUAAUUAAAUCUUAUGAAAACAAUGAUUCUGACGAGUUUCUCAAAAUAUUACUAUCGAUACCAUCGCUUUCUCAUUUGAAACUAACAAUAAAAAAUGAUGAUAUGCUAAAAACGAUCGUCACCCAAGCAACGUCAAAUUUAACGACACUUCACUUCGUAGAUCUACCCGAAUUUCAAAUUGCUGAUAGUUGUAGGAAAUUAAUUCAUGUCAAACGUCUCUUCGUUAGUCUGCGUGAUUACUGCAAUAGAAAUCUACCCAUGCUCUUUACAUUAAUACCAAAUUUGACCGAGGCAAACUUGGCAAUAAAACAAUUUCGCUUUAACAGUUCCUUUUCUGCAAUUCACCUAAAAAAGUUACACAUUGAAAAACGGAAUUUUUUUCCAACAGAUUACGAUGAACUUCAGGAAUUUCUUAGCAAUUUUAUUCAAGCUCCACUAGUUAAAUUCACUUUAAUUCUAUUCGAUGCGACUAGAGAUUUCGGAGAUUUUGAUAAACUAACCGCUCUAGUACGUCAUUUUCCGUAUCUCGAAAGUUUCCAUUAUUAUAUAGAAAAAUCGGAUGAACCAGAUACAAGAUUUUUGCCUCAUGUGGAACACGUUGAGGGUAAAUACAAUAGAUACGCAUUCUUCACUGAACCCAAAUCACAGCCAUUUGAUUAUGUUCGGAAAAAUCGACAUUUAUCGGCUUAUCUUCAAUUUACUCAGCUCAGGGACAUAAACGACUUUCGUACUUGCAAAUCAUUGGAAAUCGAUUAUGAUUCGUUACGGUUUCGUCUAACUCAUUUAUUUAAAAUCGUAAAAGACUUGACUAUAUUGGAAAACUUGACUAAAUUGUCGCUCAACUGCAUGUUUCGAUGGCAAGGCAAAGACCAUUAUUUAUAUCCAUUAGUAGAUACCGAUGAAUAUUCUUUCUUACGAUGGGUGUUAAGAAUAUCACCGAAAUUGAAUACACUGAGUGUUUGUACCGACUGUACAAAAGAUAUUAUACAAGAAUUACGAAAACUCACGUCAUCACAAACUUCAUCGAGAAUUAUUCAUUUUCAUGCAGAAGACAUUGCUAAGUAUUCAUGUACUUAUCAUUCGACUUUCUUCAAGGAACUAGCUGAAUUGUAUCCGUCUCUGAAAACUUUGAGUUUUAUCUGUAAUGAUGAAUAUCGAAAGAAGUUUCCCGAAACUUUGCUGGAGUUUAUUGUUACUAUGCGCAAUUUGUUUCCGAAGUUAGUAUGUAUGACUUUAGGGAUCAUAUAUCAGAUGGACUUGGAUAGGUAUAUGAAAACAUUAGAUCAAAGCGGCUUGGUUGGAGAAUCAUUAUCCUAUGAAGUGAUAAUGUCUUAUCCUCAUAGGAGAAGAACAAAAAUUGUUGGUUUGAAUAUUUGGGUAUAA